GUAUGGGUAGAAGUACUCUUGCCAAGAAACAAAGGGCAAAAAGAAUAGGCGGCUGCUACAAAUGUGCUCGUUGGAACUGUGACACACGAUGUACGUCUGUAGGAUUUGUGUCCAAAAACCAAGAAGAUAAAAUAACUUUUAUAAAGGAUGGUUUGAGUAAAGAAUCUAUGGAUAAAAUACUCCAACAGAUUCUUGAGACACAUCCUA